AUGGGACGGUUCAAGUUUGGAAAGAAAGCCAUCCAGCAACAACAAGACGCUGAACGUGCAGGCUCGCCACCAGUUUUGACCGAGUCGCAACAACAGAACCUCGACAAGAAGCGCAAGUCGAGAAUCAAGUCGUCAACUACUGCUGCUGCCGAUUUUUUGAGUUCUCCGCCACGGUCGCCUUCUUCUUCCUUCAAGAGACGGUCCUUCACUUCGAAGCUCCUGGCCCACAGCGCAAGUCCGGCCAAUCGCCACCAGCACGCCUUUGUUGAAGACGACGGCGUCCACGACGGCGUCCACGACGAGCCCAUUGACGCGGACCACCACCACCCCCACCACGUUGUGUCUCCUUUGGCGAAGAAAACAAUGCCACUGAUCCAGGAGCCUUUGCCCUACCCCCAGUCCGCCGACGUUGGCGCUGUCGGGUUGAACUCCCCAUCUUACAAUCGCAAGCCACUCCCCCGUGCUGCAACAGCAGUUGCAGGAGUGUCUAGCCCCUGGAACCGAUUCAAGAUUUUUGACUCGCCUUUCCCAAGAUACCGACACGCAGCCUCGUCUAUUACAAGUGACAAGAAUGAGUUGUUCAUCAUGGGUGGCCUCAAGGAGGGCUCGGUUUUUGGCGACACUUGGAAAAUUGUGCCUCAGGAAGGACACGAUGGUGAGGUGUUGAGCUACAUUGCUGAGAAUAUCGAGAUUGCCAACAAUAACAGCCCCCCUGCUAGGGUGGGACACUCGUCGGUGUUGUGCGGGAAUGCGUUUAUCAUAUAUGGCGGAGACACGGUCGAGACGGAUGAAGAUGGCUUCCCCGACAAUAACUUUUAUUUAUUCAACAUCAACAAUAACAAGUACACCAUCCCGGCCCACAUUCAGAACAAGCCCAACGGCAGAUAUGGCCACACGUUGGGGGUCAUUUCCUUGAACAAUUCAUCGUCAAGACUCUACUUGUUUGGAGGACAAUUGGAGAAUGACGUGUUUAACGACUUGUACUAUUUCGAGUUGAACUCGUUUAAAUCGCCAAAGGCAAGCUGGAAGUUGGUUUACCCGCUCAAUAACUUUAAGCCACCGCCCUUGACAAACCACUCGAUGUCGGUGCACGAUAACAAAAUCUAUGUAUUUGGCGGUGUCUACAAUAAUGAACGCGUCUCGAACGAUUUGUGGGUGUUUGACCCCGAAGAAGAGAAAUGGACGCAGGUGGAAACUACCGGUACCGUUCCAUUGCCAGUCAAUGAACACUCUAGCUGUGUCGUGAAUGACAAGUUGUACAUUUACGGAGGCAACGACUUUAGCGGCAUCAUUUACAGUGCAUUGUAUGUGUUGGAUUUGAACACUAUGGUUUGGUUUAAAUUGGCCGAAAGCGCAGAGGAAAAUGGUCCUGGUCCAAGAUGCGGCCACUCCAUGACUUUUUUGCCUAAAUACAACAAGAUUAUAAUCAUGGGGGGCGACAAGAAUGACUAUAUUGCACGCGAGCCCGACAAUUUUGACACGUAUGAGACUUUUAACGGAGUCGAGGUUGGCACCAUGAUUUACGAGUUGGACACUGCCACUGUGGAUCAGUUUAUGGCUGAACCUGUUGAGAAUGCUAAGAAGCCAAGAAAGAUGGCUGCUUCAGCAGCUCCAAAAGAAAGUGAAUUUGGCGGUCGUUAUGACCGUCACGCUAGAAGUUUUUCUGCCGGCCCAGAAGAUUACGCAACACCUCGUGCUUCUCCACCACCAGACACCCGACACGACUUUCAGGAACAAGAACCUCACUCAUCAUCACCACCACCAUCAGCGGCUGCUGGUGCUGCUGGUGCUGGUGCUGCUGGUGCUGCUGGUGCUAAGACUGUUGAUCACUUUGAUCAUGAUGGUUUGACUAGUCCUUACAAUAACAAGGAGCUCAUAACACCCCAGGAUACUCCAGUGGAGACCACCAACGGCCAUUUCAGUGAUAUCAAAGACGAUGAUAUCGAAGACGAGGAGCCACAAUACGAGAGACGAAUGUCCCUUGAUCCUCGUUUUGGCCGCGAGGAAAUCAAGGAGGAACCCGUGUCGAAUGGUGUCUCUGGAGCCGGCGUUGCUGCUGCAUUUGCCGCUGCUGGUGCCGCUGGUGCUGCUGCUGGCCACACGGAUGCCAUUGCUCACGAUUCGGAUAACGACACUAUUGGCAAAUCGCCUCCUGUACUCACCAGCCGAGCUUUCAAUGACCAUUCAUACACGCAGGAGUCGCACUACCCUGAAGAUAAUGACGAAUCUCACUACAUGAACCAAACAACUUAUGAGAAGAAGGAGUCUUAUUACAAUGAUGAGGAUGCAGAAUCACACUAUAACCAAAGAGAUUCGACGUAUUACCAACAAUCUCACUAUAACGAAGAACAAGAGCAGGAAGAGGCUGCUGCUGAGGCUGAGACUGAAACUGAGACUGAGGCGCCACUACGCGGAUUCGGUAUCACGGCGCCAAAGUUGCAACCGGUUGAAAAGUCAUCGACGUCGUCGUCGACAGAGAAUGACGCCAAGGUCAAGAAGAUUAUUGCCGAGUUGACCAACGAAUUGGUGCAGCUCAAGCAGUCGACCAAGGAGCAGAUGCAAAAGGCUACUGAAAAGAUUGAGCUUCUCGAGCAGCAGAAUGCCGACAAGCAAGCUUCCCACGAGCGCGAUGUCAAGAACUAUACCCAGCAGCUUCAUCAACAAGACAGUAUGAUUGCCGAGUUGAAGAGCUCUCUCGACCCUAGCGCUUGGGAUCCAGAGGCUCCAACUCCCAAGGGCAAUCUUUCCGAUUUGACCAAAUAUAGACUCGAGAGGUUGGAAUUGAACAAUAAAUUGGUCUAUUUGGAACAAGAGAAUGAAAACAUGAAGAAGAAACUUGGCGAGUUUGAGCCAUUUAUGAAUAACCAAAUUGGCCAAUUGGACAAGUUUCAAAAAGUGAUCAAGGUUCAAGAAGACCAGAUUGACAAAUUAACCGACCAAGUUCGCGAUCAACAGCUGUUGAAUCGGGAGAUUAACGACUGGAAAGCCAAGUUUCAGAAUUUGGAGUUGGAGUAUGCCAAUUACAAGGCCAUUCACAAUGACGAUCAACUCGACCUUGAAGGACACGAGGAGCUCAAUGAAGAUGGUGCUUCCAUCAGCGACAAGUCGAUUUUAAGUCGGGCCAAAUCCAGAAAAGACAUUUCCUCGCGCUUGGAAAACCUCGUGAGCAUCUGGAACGCUAAGCAGCUCCAACAGCAAUCCGAGACAGGCAGAGAAGUCUCGCCCGCGGUAUUGACCCCCGAGAAUAACCCCGUUGUCGCGAAGUUGCAACUGCAAGUGGACGCCUUGAUUAGAAUCGGCAAGCAGAACGACGAGACGUCGCUGAUUGAAAUUGAAAAUCUCCGCAAGGAGCUCGAGCUGAAGUUGCUCACCGUGCGCAACUUGGAAGAAAACUACAAGGAGUCAUUGCAAUCGGUCAAGAACACCUCGAAAGCGCUCAAGCUCAAUCAAGACGAAUUGAACCAUCAACGCCACUUGAUGGAAAAACUAACGAGAGAAAACAACGAGCUCAGGAUGUACAAACGCGCCAGCUCCAAAAGGAAUGCCGCUUUGAGCCUGGCUACCCCCAGCAGCAAUUUUGAUGAAGGUCUGGGAUUCGCCACCCCCAAGGAAAGCGACGACGACGAAGACGACGACGACGAUGAAGAACCAGUCAUAUCGAGCGCCCAUUACAAUAUGAAGAUUAAGGAUCUCGAAGCCGACUUGUAUAUCCUUAAGCAGGAACGAGACCAAUUGAAGGACAAUGUCACCUCGUUGCAGAAACAGUUGUAUUUAGCUACCAAUAAGUAA